AAUUAUUUCACAAUGGAUACCUGAAGUAUUCUGUCUGGAAUGAAGGCAAAAUGUGAAUUGAUAGAGAAAACCCAGUGACUGGUAGUGGAGGUCGGGUUUCUACCAGAGAAAGAAAACCAUCAUUGAACUGGGGGAAGUCGACCUGAACUGUCCUUCCAACUGCCAAAUUCAUAAUACCCAUUUCUUCGGAACUGACAGACAGAUAAUAAGGAGAGGGCAAGCCUUCAGCUUUUAUGCUCGCUUCCAGAAUCGGGAAUGGGAUGACUCCGUGGACCAGGCCAUUUUCACCGUGGAGACAGGCCUCAGACCCUGCGAAUCAAAUGAGACGAAACGUACCUUCCCAAUGGGCAGAUGUCUAGAUCAAACCUGCUGGAGUGCUUCCUACAAAAUUCAUCAGCCAAAAUGCAUCAAUAUCAGUGUGUUUCCUCCCUCCAAUGCCUGCAUUGGCCAUUAUAUCCUUAAUAUACAAAUCACAUCUUGUGGUCAUACAUAUCAGCGUUGUCUUGGAGAUUUUUAUGUCCUUUUUAACCCUUGGUGUGCAGAUGACCCUGUAUAUAUGGACAAUCAGGCCCAUAGAGAAGAAUAUGUUCUGAAUGAACAUGGGAUACUGUAUGAAGGAGUCCACAAGCAUAUUACCUCUAGACCAUGGCACUUUGGACAGUUUGAAGAUGGGAUUCUGGAUAUCUGCUUGAAGAUCCUAGACAUGGGUGCGAGUUACCAUCAAGGCUCUGAUCGAGACCAUUGUUGGCGCAAUGAUCCUGUGCAUGUCAGCAUGGUGGUAAAUCACAUGAUAAGCAGCCAUACCACUAAUAGUAUCAUGAAGAUUCCAGAAAACAAUGAUUACCUGAAAGGAACAAAGCCAUUCUCCUGGAAUGGAAGUGUCCCUAUUCUUCAGCAGUGGUACAAUGGCAGAUGCAGGCCAGUCAGAUAUGGGUACUGUGGGUCUCUUGCUUCAGUAAUGUGCACAGUGAUGAGGUGUUUGGGAAUUCCAAGCCGUGUUGUCACGAACUUCUGUUUUCCAUGCUCAAUUGAGAAUCCUCUUGGUAUCAAUGAGAUUUUUGACUGUACUGGAAGAAACCUGUGUGGUAAAGACAAGCUAUGGCGAUAUCACUGCUGGAAUGAAUCUUGGAUGGCUCGCAGAGACCUAAAUCAAUGCUGUGGUGAUUGGCAGUGUCUGGAUCCAACACCAUUGGAAACAGGCAGAGGUUCAGCUUGCAGCGGUCCUACAUGGGUUCGAAGCAUCAGAGAAGGGGAACUGGACUUGGACUAUGAUGGUCAUCAUAUGUUUUCUCGAGUAAAUUCGAACUAUGUUGGCUGGCUUUCCCAAAACAAUGCCAAAAAAACAAAAUUUUUCUGUGAUGCUUGGCCAUGUGGACAACAUCUAAUUACCAAGAGUGUUGGCAGCGAGCAAUUUGAAGAUAUCACUGGGGCUUACAAGUAUGACCUAGGUUCUGUGAAAAACAAAGAAGCCUAUUACCGGGCUUAUAGAAGAAUUCAUCCAGGGUACUGCAAUGCUUCCAACUGUCAUAUUGAGAGAGAGUUGUCAUCUCUGAAAAACCCUUUUUUGAGUGACUCCGGUAUUAACAUGAGGCUAAAGAUGGCUAACUGCCCAAUGUACGGUGAAGAUGUCCAGCUGCACUGGGUGCUUGAAAAUUUGCGUAGUGAAAACAAAACCCUGAAGUUUAAUUUGUGUGCACAAAUAAUAACCUACAGUGGUUACCCAAUGGAUCAAUUUUGGAAAGACAGUGUGAAUGUCACACUGGGUCCAAGGGAAGUGAAAAAAAUUCCACUGUGUAUAUCAUAUAGUCAAUAUGGACCUUAUCUCUGUGAUCACAACAUUAUGAAAGUAGUUGCUGUCUCAGAUCCAGAGUGUGGAGAAGUUCUGAUGGUGAGCAGGGAUAUCGUGAUCAACAGGCCACCUGUUAUUGUAAAGUUACUGAGCCAGCCCAGGCUGAAAGUACCAUGUACUGCAGAGAUCUCCUUCUGCAAUCCUCUCCAGGAAGAUAUGAAGAACUGUGUAAUGACGUUAGAAGGCUGUGGUUUAUUCAAAGAGCCGAUGACCAUUGAUUUGGGAACGCUGGCAUCUAACCAACAGGCACGGACCAUCGUGGAGUUCACACCUUACAGGCUCGGCAGCCACCGGCUCCUGGCCAACCUCGGAUGCCACAAGUUUGCCUACUGCAAGGGAUGUGCCAAGGCUGAAGUGUGUAGCCCCGUGGGCCAGAACGGUACCCUGCCCAUCAGCCAGAAUGGGUCACUCCCGGUGUGUGAGAAUGGCUCUCUGCCCAUGAACAGCUCUGGGCCUGUCCCUGUGGCAGACCCUGGGUUCAACUCCAUGUGUGAAUAUAUAUGUAUCCCAGUGUGCAACCCAAACUGCAGUGCAGGGGGCCAGCCUGUGUACGACUUCGUGUACCUGCCUGCAGGCCAUCCCUUAUGCAACUCCAUCUGCAACCAAGGCUUCAAUCCAAGCAUUAAUCCUGGCUUUGACCUGGGAUGCGAUCCUGGCUUCCGCGUAAUAUGUGAGACCGUGCCUCCCGCUACGUGCACCCCGAUGCCUCCGUCCAUGUAUGGCUCCAUGCCUGCCCCAACAUCCAACCCCGUGUGCCCCCCUAUGCCUCACGUGGUGUUUGAGACGGGUCCCGCUCCCACCCAACAGCCCGGAGGCGGAGGGGGGCCGAUGUCCUACUCUGUCUCUGUCCCCGCGAAUAAUGCGGUGAGUGCCCUGCUGACCCACUUCAUGGCUGGCUCUGGUCCCACUGCAACAACCCAGGUGGUUCCUACCCAUAUGUCUGCUCCACCAUCCCACCCUGUGUGCUCUCCGGUAGCCCACGCCGUCAGCAGUCCCAUGCCGCCACCAGCUCCCCUUUCAGUGCCUGCUGCCUCCAUCUCGCACGUUGUCUGCGGCUCUGCGCCCUCUCCCACCGCCCAGCCUCCAUGUGGCCCAAUGGCCACCCUGCCCUCCCAACCCCUGAGCACCCCGGUAGCCCACGGUGUGUGCUCCCCAGGCCCCUGCCCAGCACCUUCCCCGGUGCCCCGCCCUGUCACCCGUAGUGCCACCCCAGCAGGGCUGCAGAUGGGGAGUGUCCCUGUGGCCCGCUCGCUGUGCUCCCCAGCCCCUCGCCCCGUGGGACCCCCGGCAGCCCACUCACUGUGCUCUCCAGCCCCACGCCCGGUGGGGCCCCCCGCAGCCCACUCAUUGUGCUCCCCCACCUCCGUCUCACUGGGGGCCGCAGGGGCCCGCCCCACCAGCUCGCCCAUCACUCGCCCCGAGGACUCGUCGUCAGCCUGCCUCCCAUGCCCCCCAGCCCCACGGCCCCUGGCAGCCGCCACAGCCCGCUCCCUCUGUGCCCCUGCCUCUCGCUCGGUCUCCCGAGUCCUGGGCACCCCGGGGUCUCGCUCAGUGUGCGGCCCUCAGUGGGGCCCUUCCUGUGACACCACUGCUCGCUCAGGCUCCCAUUCCAUGUGGGCAUCUGCCUCCCGCUCAGCCUGGAGCCCCGCGGGACGCUCGGGCUACUCCCCCUUGUCCCGCACCGCCUAUGGCACACUCACGCGCCCUCCGUACAGCUCCUUGUCCCGCUCCUCCUACAAUAUGUUGUCCCGCUCUGCCUACACCACCCUACCCCGCUCCACCUCUCCCUCUGCCUAUGCCACUCUGCCCCGCUCCGGGUCCCGUCCCUCUGGCAGCAGCCUGCCCCACGCUGGGUCCCGCACGCCCUGGAGCCCCAGUAGGAGCACUCUCACCUACUUCAAACGCAAAUACCUGUAAUGGAGAGUAACCUGGGGAAAAGCUGAAGAGGUUAGAAAUAGGGUAAUGGAGAGCAGCAUGAAAUAGGGUGAUGGAAAGCAGCAUGCGUAGUCCAGAGUAUUUAUUCACGCAUUUGAGAUGUGCCAGAAAGCAGGCCGCUAGCCGACUACUGAGGGAUGUAUUUGAUGUAAUACUCGUAUGUCUUGAGAUACGGUAUGGUGGAAGUGACAAAUGAACGUGCUUCCCAUGGAGCUCUAGUGACAAUAGUUGUGCAGUGCAGGUAAUCGGACUUACUUGCUUGGUCAAGCUGUUUUAUAAAUGAUGUGCUUUCACUCUCUUUUCCCUUGAUUUCUUGCAAUGCGUAUUUCUCAGAUCUCCCUGGGCUACAGCAUUGUAGCAAAUCUCUCUCGCUGCAUGAAAUGUCCUAUCCUUGGGACACUGCAAAGAGAUGGCAACAGACCUGCCUUACAUCUUGCCUAACAGACAAUGGGCCCCUGAGCCCAAGUAUUGUUGUGGCUCAGGUCAGUUCUGCAUGGACUCGCAUUUCUUCAGUUAUGAAGUAAUGAAAACUGUGGAGGUCAUGGAGUAACUAAACCAUUACCAAUCAACUGAAGAGUUUUUUGGUUUGUUUUUUUUUUUAAAAAAGGAGCAAUUAUAAUAAAUUUAGUAUUGCUACUCUUGAUGUAUUACAGUUCUGGUAUCAGGAAUCCAAAGGUCGGAUUACAAAGACUAUGAAAUUCAAUGAACGAUUAUUACCAAUUUGUUGGCUUUCACAGCUGAACGUUUUUCAUGUAGCAUAUUCCAAAAAUUUUCUCAUAUAUAUUGCAUGCAUUUAGGUUCAUGGGAAAAGCUCUAAUUCCAUGUCUGUGCCUUUUUGAUUCAAUAUAGCUAGGAAACUUCUGUCACCAGCCCUGAACUAGAGAAGAAAGUAUGAUGGUAUCCUUUUUUUUCUAAUACCCAACCCUCCCAACUGAAAGGUUAAGAAGGUGAAUUAAAAUAUAUUACAUCUUCUUCAGAUAAUUGGUACCAUUUCAGUGCUAACCUUCUCCCUGUGUUUUAGAAAUCGAAAUCAUACAUUGUCUUAAUGGAACUGUUCCCUAAUUUUGGAUUUGCUCAGAAGAAUUUUGGAUUUGCUGACACACCUCCCAUCCCUCCGUUAUUUUCCUCUAGUGUUCCGUUAUUUUUAGUAGCAAGUGUUAGUGGGGUUUUCUGGUAGGAUAAUUUUGCUGGUGCUGCAGAAUCUUCAGUCAUGUAGCAAUAGUAUUUCAGUAGUAUCACUGUAGUUCAUACCCCUAUGCACUGUGAUGAGACUGAGUAACCUUCCGGGGGUUUUGAAAAAGUGUGGUGUCAGAUGGUAGCUAUGAACAUACCAAUACUAUCAACUACAUAGUAAUUCUGAGUAUUGUAGAAGAAAUACUUGCCUGGAUAUUGUAGUGGAGUGUUCAUAACUCCAUGACUUGGUUUUUUUAUGCAGUUUCAAUAGUCUCUGUUGGGUAUUUGCUGAGAAUUUCUUGGCCUGACUGACAAUAAAAAUAGGAAUUUAA